AAAAUGAUCUAAUUGUUUAGACACGGGUUCUAAAAUUUUACUACUGCCAAAAAGAAAAAGAGUAGCAUAAAGAUUUAUAGUAGCUUUUUUCGAAUCAAGGAAGAAAAAAAUUAUGACCUGUAUAUACUCAAUGGCAUUUGACCAUAUAUAUGUGUUAUAUAACUUUUUUGUUGUGUGUUAUAUAACUUAUACGUGAAGGGGUAAUAAAACCCAACGAGUCAUUCAAUAUCUAACAUAACGUAAUUAAUGAUCCGAGGAUAAUAACUUGUAUUUUAUUCUACUAUUUUUCUUACCAAUGUUCCGAAAUAUUGUGAAGUCUAGUAGACAACAAGUCAUGCGUGAAAAAAAAAGAAAGUAAUGAGUGUCCUAGUUAAAGCAUAUACUAGUAUAUAAGAUCAUUAAACCAUUGCAUUAAACUAAACUGAUAAUUACAGGAUUCCAAGCAUGCAAUGUAUGGCAAUAACUAGAAACACAAGUUAACAAGAUACUGUACAUAGAUGAUUUUGUUAAGGAAAGUGACGUGAACUACUGGUGUCUCUAAUCAGGCUUCCAUUUGAAGACACACAGAGAAAAAAGGGAAACGACACAAGUUUGGUUAAUCAUAUAUAGUAGAUAUAUUAAUUCUCCCAAGAAAGAUAUUAGUACUGAUAAGGGAAAAUUAAUCAAAUAGUGACGACCCUGGUCCCUGCUGGUUAAUUAACACCAAGAGACCUUGUAAUAUAUAAACCAGGAAGAUGAGAGAGAAAUGGGAAACGAAAAGAGAUGAAAUGGGACAUCGAUGCUGUGGAAAACACAAAGUGAAGAGAGGGCUUUGGUCUCCAGAGGAAGACGAGAAGCUUCUUCGUUAUAUCACCACUCAUGGUCAUCCUAGUUGGAGUUCCGUUCCAAAGCUUGCCGGGUUGCAGAGAUGUGGGAAGAGUUGCAGAUUAAGGUGGAUAAACUAUCUAAGGCCUGAUCUGAAAAGAGGUACGUUUAACGCGGAGGAAGAGCAGAUUAUCAUCGAUGUACAUCGUAUUCUCGGUAACAAAUGGGCUCAAAUUGCUAAGCACUUACCUGGACGCACUGAUAAUGAAGUCAAGAACUUUUGGAACUCAUGCAUUAAGAAGAAGCUUCUUUCUCAAGGCUUAGAUCCUUCUACACAUAAUCUUAUGCCUUCACACAAAAGAUCUUCUUCUUCUAAUCAUAAUAAUAUUCCCAAGCCAAACAAAACGACGUCCAUCAUGAAGAACCCUACUGAUCUUGAUCAAUCAACCACUGCUUUUUUAAUCACAAACAUCAAUCCUCCUACUUCCACUAAACCAAACAGACUUAAAUCUCCUAACCAGACUCCAAUCCCAUCUCAAACCAUGAUCCCUAUCAAUGAUACCAUGUCAAGUCUUUUAGAUGAUGAGAAUAUGAUUCCUAAUUGGUCAGAUGUUGAUGGAACGGCGAUCCACGAAGCUCCGAUGUUGCCGGCUGAUAAGGCAGUAGUGGGAGUGGAUGAUGAUGAUCUCAACAUGGACAUUUUGUUUAAUACUCCCUCUUCUUCUGCUUUUGAUCCUGAUUUUGCUUCCAUUUUCUCCUCUGCAAUGUCUAUCGAUUUCAACCCCAUGGAUGAUCUUGGUAGCUGGACCUUUUAGCUUUUACUCUACAAUAUUUUCAUUUUCUCAAUUGUAUAUAUAUAUGAAUAAUUGCCACUUUCUGCUUUUCACUAGUUUUGAAAAGCUGAGAUUUUUCCAAAUCAGUGUAUCAUUUUUUCCCCAUUAAUCCCACCAAGUGUAGACUUUGUAAU